GUGUUGCGGAACCCUCCAGCUUUGAUAUCCUCUUCUAGAACUGUGACAAUGGGUAUUGUCUUUGCUAGAGAAGUUUGUGCUAGAAUUUGUUUCAUACAACUGGAUUCUGAACUGUCUGUUCUUUUUGCUGCUUUACUUUCUUGUUUGCUAGAUUACCGUUAUGGCAUACCUCAGCUAUCUAAAAAAAGAUGCACUAGACUAAAUAAGGCUGCACAGAGGACAUCACAGUCAGCAUUUGCUAGCACGUGCUCAUCGGCAGAUCAGUUUGCUCCUGCACAGCCUCCACGGCGCCGUACAUCAAAGAGGGAGAAGUGUAUACAGGAAAUGGCUAUGCCAGAUUUCAAUAGGUACACUGUUUUCGUUGUCCAGCCGCUAUUGUGUUUAUCUUUGUUGUAUUGAUGAACGAUUUUUCCUUUUUCCCUCUUACUGGCUAUACCUUCAGAUUGUUGCAUUCCUAAGGGUGCUUAUUCGGUCCUUGUGGUAAAGAUACCAUAAUAGAAUAUGUAUUUCGUGCAGUAUUCAAGAAGCAGGAAUAGGUGUCCUUUCUAAGAAACACAAACCCACAUCUACUGUACAAGGUAACUGAUUCUGUCAGUUUUAAGAAUGUCCUAUUAUGGUUUAGCAUCUUAUAGGGUUUUGGUUUUUGUUGUUGUUGUUUUUUUUUUUGUGUUUUUUUUUUUUUUGUGUUUUUUGUGUAGUAUUAGAUAUUCUUGGUAAUGCUACGGAUCGGCGGUUGCCGGCGGAGCCUUUCAAACUGUCUAUGCCCUUUUCGUGUGGCAAAUGCGGUGCAAAAAAAUUUAUGUUUGAAUCCUUGCAUUAUUGCUGUGGGAAUGGAGAUAUCACGAUUGCUGCUACUGAAUAUCCCCCUGAACUUGUUUAUUUAUUUACUUCGAAGGAUGAAGGUGUUGUGCAUUUUAGAAAGUAUGCUAGGCUGUACAACAACUUGUUCGCAUUUAGUUCACUUGGGGGUCAUUAUUAUGCAAACACAUACAAAGGGAUUUAUCUUUUCAAGUUGCAAGGGCAAAUGUAUCAUUUUGUCCCAGAUUUAUUGCCUGACGAUGACAAUCCAAAGUAUCUCCAGUUAUAUUUCUAUGAUGGUCAACAUGAAUCAGAAAGUAGGGUUGGCUGUUUCCCUGAAAUUAGAGAAGACAUAAUUAGCAUUCUGAUGCAGGUAUCCGAACAAAAUCCCUAUGAUGUGUUCUUCCGAAAUUUAAGGGACAAGGUCAUUCAUGCAGAUACAAGAAUUAUUUUAAAUCAAGCCUCGGUUCUUGAUCAGCGUGUUUAUAAUGCUCCUGCUGUUGAUGAAGUUGCUGCUAUCUGGCCGGAAAGUGCUUCAUCUAGCCAAAGUCUAGGUCCUCAUAUAUUAGUCAGUGGACGCUCUGAUGAAUCUCACCGAAUCUAUCAUAAUUAUGGCUGCUAUGAUCCGCUUCAGUAUCCUUUGUUGUUUCCUCGCGGUGAAUGUGGGUGGACUCAAGGGCUUAAAAAAAAUUCUCACCCGUCUCGGAGCACGACAGAUUUUGUUCCAGAUCCUAUAAUGUCUUGUGCUGUUCAUACUGCAACAGAUUUAUUGGAACAAG